AUGCUUAACUCUCAAAAGAGUAGCUCUACGGGCAAGAGUGCUUUUGAGAUAGUGAAUGGACAGCAGCCACGGUUGCUCCACAUAGUGGAUGGACCUUAUAAAGAAAAGUCACCUAGGGCUUACCAAUUUGCUAAGGAAUGUAAGAGAAACCAUGACAUUACUCAUGCCUAUCUUGAAAAAACAGCAAGUAAAAUGAAAAAAUGGGCUGAUGAAAAGAGGAGGUCACUUGAGUUUAGAGUUGGGGAUCAAGUUCUUGUCAAACUCAACCCCGAGCAAUGCAAGUUCAUGAGGGAAAGAGACAAAAGGCUAGUGCGCAAGUAUGAGGGAUCGGUAACCAUUCUGAAGAGAAUUGGCAAGUGUGCUUACAAGAUAGAUGUUCCAUCUUGGCUGAAAGUGCACCCGAUUUUCCAUGUAAGUUAUCUGAAGCCUUACUAUCCAGACAAGAAAGAUCCAACCCUAAAUGAGAUGAAACGCCAAACCAUCACAGCUAAAGCAGGAAAAAGGUCUGUUGAAUUUAUCUUGACCGAUUGGGUGAAAAUGGUUUCCAAGAAGGAACAAAGGCAAUACUUGGUGAAAUUGAGACGCCUUGGAGAUGAAGAAAUUAGCUGGGAACGGGAGGCGGACUUGUCAGCUUUUCAAGACCAGAUGGAUGCUUAUUGGGCAAAGUCGUCAAAGGCGUCGACCGUUCAAGUAGGGGAGACUGUCAAGGUGCACCCAUCUAAGGGUCAACACCUUGAUGCCACACUCAUUUAUGCCCUUUGGAGAGCCCAAAACAUGCCUAAGAAGUUGUUGGUGCAAAUGCAAGCAAAGGCCCAAGGCAUAGUGCACGAUAGCCCAAGACAUGCCAUUAAGCAACCUAGCCACAACAGGCCACAGACUUACCCGCCCAAGUAG